CCACCACAUUCUCUCUCCCACCCAACACACACACACACACUGUCAUCAUCCUCAUCCUCUUCUCCUUUCUUUUCUGCUACUUAACCAAAAACUACGCACCUUUUUCUCCUUUUUCGAUUCCAUCUUUAUAAUAGUUGUAAGUUGUAACUAACUACUAACCCUUUCACUCUCUCAUCUAAUCCAAUACAAUCCAUCCUCACCGUCCAUUUCCGUACACCUCACAAUCUCAGCCGUCGCCAAUAAUUUCAACAUAGUUGACUCUUCAUGUUAUGUCUCUAGCCUUUGCAGCAUCCACCGAUCUACGUAUCAACUAUUAUAGAUCUUAUUGAAUUUUCUGACGGAUCCAUGACGGAAGAUCGGAGCGUGAAAACCAACCGCGUCGUUGACGUGGUAUUAGACUGUGUAAUACCGUACAUCGACGAUCCUAAAGACCGUGACGCCGUUUCUCAAGUAUGCCGGCGAUGGUACGAACUUGAUUCGUUGACUAGGAAACACGUGACGAUUGCUCUGUGCUACACCACGACGCCGUCGCGUCUCCGUCGUAGAUUCCCUCACCUGGAGUCUCUGAAACUGAAGGGGAAACCUAGAGCGGCGAUGUUCAAUUUGAUUCCUGAAGAUUGGGGAGGACACGUGACACCUUGGAUUAAAGAGAUUUCUCAUUAUUUUGAUUGUCUCAAGAGUCUUCACUUUCGACGAAUGAUUAUUCAAGAUUCCGAUCUUAAGCUCCUUGCUCGCUCACGUGGUCACGUGCUUCAAUCUCUUAAGCUUGAUAAGUGUUCUGGUUUUUCCACUCAUGGACUUCGCUUUAUUGGUCGCUUUUGCAGGAGUUUAAAAGUUUUGCUUUUGGAGGAAAGCACAAUUGUUGAGAACGAUGGCAAUUGGCUGCAUGAGCUUGCUUUGAAUAAUACAGUUCUUGAGUUUCUAAAUUUUUACUUGACAGAUAUUGUUGAUGUCAAAGUUCAAGACCUUGAGCUUUUAGCCAAAAAUUGCCCCAACUUGGUGUCUGUGAAAAUUACUGACUGUGAAAUCUUGGAUCUUGUGAACUUUUUCCGCAACGCAACUGCUCUAGAAGAGUUUUGUGGAGGCACGUACAAUGAGGAACCUGAAAGAUACUCUUCUGUAUCUUUACCAGCAAAGCUAUGCCGAUUGGGUCUAACAUAUAUUGGGAAGAAUGAGUUGCCAAUAGUAUUCAUGUAUGCAGCUGCACUGAAAAAAUUGGAUCUCCUCUAUGCCAUGCUAGAUACAGAGGAUCAUUGUAUGUUGUUCCAAAAAUGCCCAAAUUUGGAAGUCCUUGAGACAAGGAAUGUAAUUGGAGAUAGAGGAUUAGAAGUUCUUGGUCACUGUUGUAAGAGGUUAAAAAGACUUAGGAUUGAGCGAGGUGAUGAUGAUCAAGGAAUGGAGGAUGAAGAAGGUACUGUUUCCCACAGAGGACUCAUUGCUUUAUCACAGGGAUGUACAGAGCUUGAAUAUUUGGCUGUUUACGUUUCCGAUAUUACAAAUGCAUCUUUGGAACAAAUUGGCACUCACUUGAAGAACCUUUGCGAUUUUCGCCUUGUCUUGCUUGAUCAUGAAGAGAAAAUAUCAGAUUUACCACUUGACAACGGUGUUCGGGCUUUACUGAGGGGCUGUGACAAGCUUAAAAGAUUUGCACUAUAUCUGCGGCGUGGGGGCUUGACUGAUAUUGGUCUUGGUUACAUUGGGCAAUACAGUCAAAAUGUGAGGUGGAUGCUACUGGGAUACGUGGGGGAAACUGAUGCAGGCCUUUUGGAGUUUGCAAAGGGAUGUCCUAGUCUUCAGAAACUCGAAAUGAGAGGGUGUUCCUUUUUCAGUGAGCAUGCACUUGCUGUUGCUGCAACACAAUUGACUUCUCUUAGGUACUUGUGGGUUCAAGGGUAUGGUGCAUCUCCAUCUGGACGUGAUCUUUUGGCAAUGGCUCGCCCCUUUUGGAAUAUUGAGUUAAUUCCUUCUAGACAAGUUGCCAUCAGCAAUAAUAUGGGUGAGCCCCUGGUUGUUGUUGAGCAUCCAGCUCAUAUUCUUGCAUACUACUCUCUUGCUGGCCAAAGAUCAGAUUUUCCAGAUACCGUUGUACCUUUGAACCCUGCAACAUAUGUUAAUGCCUACAGUUGUGUAUAAACCAAUUUUUUUGUUUUUCUUCUACCCUUUUAUAUAUUGUUUGUAAGUUUCUCUUGUAUUUGUAGUUUAGGGUUCUUAUUAUUCUCUGCAACUCCCUAGACCAUAAUAGUCUUGUAAUAAGCCUGCGUUUUCAUUUUGUAAUCCAUAAAUAUUAAAUUUAGGGUUCUCAUUAUUCUCUGCAACUCCCUAGAUCAUAAUAGUAUUCUAAUAAGCGUUUUCAUUUUGUAAUCCAUAAA